UCGUGCUCGCGGAAAGACCCCGUUCGCCAGCCGCCCCCGACUGCCGCCUCCACCUCCUCUUGCAGUCAGUUUGUGCUCUUUCGUGACCGUUCCGGAGACUUUGUUGGCCGGAAUUCCGGAGCGGAAUUUCCUAAUUUGUUGUGCUUGCUGCGGACCCGUGGAGCUGCUGCAAUUGGUCUCGGAAUUCACCGUGAGAAAGAUCUUCAUUGACAGCUGAAAGCCGAAGUCCUCUGGAAAGAUCUCGCCUCAAAAGCAGCGAGUUGAUUGAUCAAAGAACAAAUGGCAAUAGUAUGACGUGAGCCGAGUGAGUCACCAUGAUGGAGAACGCGGGCAGCGUGGCCUCGAUCCGGCGACCGGUCACGACGAGGUCGUACUCGGAGUACCAGUACCACUACCGCAGCCCGUCGACGCCGACGGCGGCGACGACGGCCAACGGCGUGGGCGGCGUCGGCGGCGGCCGCAAGGAGCGCGGCGGCUGCCGGUGUUGCCGCAAGUGCUGCUCGACGCCGGCCGCCUCCACCCUCGGCAACUUGGGCGUUUGCUGCCUCGUGCUCGGCUACACGGUGCUCGGCGCCUUCACGUUCAUGGCCCUCGAGGGCGGCAUUGAAGGGCGUGGACACAUUUCUCAACAGCAGGCCCGUCACGAGCGAGUGGACAAAAUGGUGAAUGAAAUGCGCGUUCGGACAGUGGAGCGCCUCUGGACGAUAACGGAGGCGCUCAACAUUUUGUACAAAGACAAUUGGACGCAGCUGGCGAGCCACGAGGUCAUCAAGUUCCAAGACUCGCUGGUGCACACGCUCAAAACCGGCGGCGGGGGCGGCCAGAACUACCGUGGCGGCGGCGGCACCGGCUCCCUGGCCCUCAGCGGCCCCCACGCCAAUCACCGGUGGACCUUUUCCUCCUCUUUUUUGUACUCGCUCACCCUCAUCACCACCAUCGGUUAUGGUGGUGUAACGCCGAAAACCACAUGGGGCCGCAUCGUGACCAUAGUUUACGCGCUUGUAGGCAUCCCCUUGAUGCUCGUUUACCUGUCAACGGUGGGCGACCUGCUCGCAAGGAACUUCCGUCGUCUCUACGGCAAGCUGUGUAGCUGCAGCGGCGGCGGCAGUUCGACCAACAGUUCGGCCAACAAUAGCGGAAAACCUUCACCCAACGAUAACUACAGGGUGCGUCACAUUUCUUCCAAGCAGAACAGCGUGGACGGGGGCCUGAAGCUGCACCCCGAAGAAGAACUGGUCAAACUGGAGCGCAACCACCCGCUCGACUUCCCCGCGGACACGCCGUCCGACUCGCGGCAAAACUUUGUGCUGCAACAUCACCACCCGCAGCGGCAGCGAGUGCCGAUGACACUGUGCUUGGCGCUGAUCGCGGCCUACAUCGGCGGAGGCGCGAUGCUGUUCCAAAAACUCGAGAACUGGUCGCUGCUCGAGGGCUCCUUUUUCUGCUUCACCAGUCUCGGCACCAUCGGCUUUGGCGACCUCCUGCCCGGCGCGCAGCCAAACAUGCCGGCCAAAAACGCGCAGGUGUCGAUUUUGUCAACAUCGGCAUAUCUGCUGGUGGGCAUGGCGCUGAUCGCCAUGUGCUUCAACCUGCUGCAGGACGAGGUGGUGGCCGUCGGCCGCAGGAUGGGCCGCAUCUGCGGCCUGGUGCGGCGGCGCCGAAGGCGCCACCACGAAGAGCACUCUGAGUCGGAGGUCGACGACCUGGCCAUGGCCGUGGUGUCCGGCACCUCCUGACGCACCAACCCCGACCUGCCGGGCACCUCAGACACGAUGCUGACGCCUCCACCGACCGCCGCCCUGCACCACAGUCUUCCGCGUCGCCGCCCCCCAGACAUGAUCAGCCCCGGACAGGCGGCCACGGUCGAGUACUUUGUGCCGCGCAGCGUCAGCGACUUCAACCUGCCGGCGCUCAGCGAAACCAGCCUCAACAACGCCUCCUCCACAAUCAUCCCCCCGCCACCCCUGUAUUGACUUUUGCACUUCAGGUGGAUGGCAGCGUGGGUCCUUUGCCAGCGUUGGUCGGAGGCGGUCGCCUUUGCAACACGACCCCGCGCAGAAUGCCCUCCGAACAGCGCAUGGUUGGCGUCGGCAGGGAGAAGAUGGUGACCUUUGAGGACGACCUGACGCCCAAUAGAAACAAGUUGGCCGGUGUCGAGGACGUUUUCAUGUGACAGCAACAAUAAUCGAAGGAGGACGGCUGCUGUUCCUGUUGUGAUACCGGCGUGGAAAUGUCUUUCUGAUCAUAGUCAGCCGUUUCCUGGCGGUCAGAGAUGUUGACAAAAAAAAAUAGAUAUAUUGAAAUGCCAAUGUGGAUAUUUGGUGUGUGUACCCCAGUGUGUGCUGGAGAGAGCAAGAGACUCGUUACAUUUUUCUCAGUGUUGCCGCCAAUAAUCAUGUCAAGUUCUUAUAAAUUAUAGUUUUUUUAUGACAAACAUUUCAUUUAGAAUUUGUUACAUAAACAAUAUUUUUGAACAAACCCUUUUCCAAAGUAUGGAAAAAAUGCUGCAUCACACUUUUGUACAACGUAGCACAUCAUGCAAGACUCGGUAUUUCAUUUAAUUUCUUUAACAAGGAGACCAACUGACAAAAUUUAAAUUUUUUAACAAAAAGCUGCGCCUAAUAUGAUCCUCUGAUAGCCAAUGAUUCAAUUGCGAGCUUCAAACACUUUUUUUAUAAUUGUUGCAAAUCGGUUUUCACUGCCAUUGGACCUCCUGCGCAUUUUCAAAUUAAAGGUUUUUUUUUGCAAUCAUUUUUAAUCUUUAUUUUUUACUUUUUUUACUUUUCGAAUGUAAAAAUGGUGCUUGAAACUUGAUAUAGUUGACUCAUAGUGUUUUCCUAUGAAAUUUUCUAUUGCAAUGAGUAAAAAAAUAAACACUAAUCAAUCCUACUUUAAGUGUACAUACCAGAAAAAAACGCUGUAAAUACAUGUGCAUGUAAGAAAAUCUCUUGAUAAAAGACAAGCCUCUGACGCGCCAGAUUGCAAUAAAAACUAUUUUUAUUGCAAAUUGAGCGCACAAAGAAAGAUCAUAUUUUAAAUGGGGGAAAAAAAACGAUAAAUGCCACAAUUGGAUGGCUUGAUAAUCAAUGUAAUAAUGUUUUGUGACUGGACCUGAUUAUAUAAAAAAAAGUGUCAAAGAUGAACUACUGAAUGUUGACUUUUAAAAUGCUGUAAAAAAAUACUAAUGUUACUCAAAAUGUGGGAUUUUUGAGGUUUUAUAUAUAAUGAAAAAUAAUCUAUUUAAUUUGUUCAAUUUCAACUCUCUUCAUUACAAUUAUGCAUUCACAUUAAUUUUAGAAUAGCCUUUUGUAACAACCCUCUAAACCAUUUCAUCAUGUUUUUUUUUUAAAAACCCUGAAAAUCAUUAGAAAAGUCUUUACAGCAAAAGAUAUAUCAUUUUUAGAAAUUGCCGUGUCGGUGUAUUAUAACUGUUUGAAG